GGCGAUUGUAGGGCGUCGAAAAUGACUUCCCCUCCUGUCGAUUCGCCUUUGAACUCAACGGUCAGUUCCAUGGACGACCAACUCGACGUCGCUGAGCCGAUCGCAGAGGUCAUAAUCAAUGGGCCAGGCAAGGAAUCUGGCAGCGCUGUGGCCGAAGUAACGGCCACGAGGCCUACCAGCCUGACCAAAGGUACCUACCUGAUGGAGGCCUAG